GAGGCUGAACCACAAAGUGAAAGUAUUUUCUUCGCUUAUGAGAUUUGCCACUUGGACUACAGGGAGAUUGUGAGAUUUGCCACUUGGACUACAGGGAGAUUGUGAGAUUUGCCACUUGGACUACAGGGAGAUUGUGAGAUUUGCCACUUGGACUACAGGGAGAUUGUGAGAUUUGCCACUUGGACUACAGGGAGAUUGAGAUUUGCCACUUGGACUACAGGGAGAUUGUGAGAUUUGCCACUUGGACUACAGGGAGAUUGUGAGAUUUGCCACUUGGACUACAGGGAGAUUGUGAGAUUUGCCACUUGGACUACAGGGAGAUUGUGAGAUUUGCCACUUGGACUACAGGGAGAUUGUGAGAUUUGCCACUUGGACUACAGGGAGAUUGUGAGAUUUGCCACUUGGACUACAGGGAGAUUGUGAGAUUUGCCACUUGGACUACAGGGAGAUUGGAAUCAAAUUGAGAAAGGCCUUAACAUGGCGUUGGUCUUCAGCUUGUCCACUCUCAUGUUUCUCAUCACUGGGAUGGAGACAUCCAAAAGUCUAAGUCAGGGCCCAGAGUUGAAGCUGGUCAUCCAGGAGGACUCUGGGAAGGAUGCAGUCCUACAGUGCUCUGUGAACAUCAGUGAGAAAUCCCCUGGUAAUGUAAACAUAGAGAAGGUCGUGUGGUGGAGGCUGGACCAGAAUGGUCUUCACAAAGGUGAACCUGUGUUCAUAUGCAACAUAUUCAAUCAACAAUCCUCCAAUCCCAGGUUGCAGCUGAACCCAAAAUAUCAGCUUUCCAUGCCACCUGCCAAUGAGAAAGACAAAGUUGUGUCCCUGUUGGUCAAAGAAACGCAGCCUGAAGACGAGGGUCCUUAUGAGUGUGUGGUGAACACUGACAGUGGAAUCACAAAUUGUAACUGCAUGCUGAAGCUCACAGUACGAGACCAGCACCAGGGUCCUGGAAAUGUUGCGGAUAAACAGGAGAUUCCAAAGAACAGUUACAUGAGUGUGGCUGCUGUAUGUGUGGUAGUAGGCUCUCUUGCCAUUGGACUGCUGCUUCUCAAGCUGUUUCAAGCCAGAAGACUCAGACAAGGAGAAAUGGAGUGCACGCAUUGUCCUGCUAUCAAGCUAAUUGUUAGCAGCAUUGUCUGUAGUUGUUAAUCACACCAGACUAUUCUUUCAUAAUUGUUUUAUAUAUUGUAACUAAAACCUGAUAUGAAACAAAUGCACAUAUUUAGUGGACAUUGAUUUGAUAGUGAAGACACUAGUGUGAUACAGUAGCAGUGUGUGAAAUUGAUCUUGACAGAACACAUUUACUUUGUGCAUCACAAUUUGAAUAAGUAAUUUAUUCAGAAGCCAAUAUUGUGUUUUAGUUAAUUUGAGAGUUGCUUUAGUUGACAAAUGCCAUGUUUUUUAUUGUUACAAAGUGGGAUUCAAAUGUAUUUAAUUGUCAUUU